CGUGUAUCUCUCUCCUCUCCUGCAGACACGCCCUGCAGCUGAAUGUGAUCGCCACACAGCAGCUCCUCAGCCUGGCCCAGCAGAUGCACCACCUCGAGGCCUUCGUUCACAUCUCCACCGCCUAUGCAAACUGCAACCGCAAGCACAUCGACGAGGUCAUCUACCCGCCACCGGUCGAGCCUCGGAAGCUCAUCGAGUCUCUCGAGUGGAUGGACGACGGCAUCGUGCGUGACAUCACGCCGCGGCUCAUCGGCGACAGGCCCAACACGUACACCUACACCAAAGCCCUGGCCGAGUACGUGGUGCAGCAGGAGCAGGACAAACUCAACAUCGCCAUCAUCAGACCCUCCAUAGUGGGAGCCAGCUGGCAGGAGCCGUUCCCC